AUGCCUCGCGAUGGUCAUGUAACUGCAGUUCUUGGGAAUGAGUUACACAAGUCAUUGUCUGAAACACGUGUCCUUAUCGUCGGCGCCGGCGGAAUUGGAUGCGAGCUCGUGAAGAAUGUUGUGCUCUCAGGGUUUCGAGAUAUCACCCUUCUCGAUUUGGACACCAUUGAUCUCUCAAACUUGAACAGGCAAUUUUUGUUUCGUCAGAAAGAUGUUAAAAGUCCCAAGGCGCUGGUAGCAGCGCAAACAGCGUCCAUGUUCAACCCGGGUGCCAAGAUACUCCCUAUUUGUGGAAACAUCAAAGACUCACAGUAUGACCUGACAUGGUUCAAAGCGUUUCAUGUUGUUAUGAAUGCACUGGACAACAUUGGUGAGCAGAUAUUCCAUUUCCUGGCUUUGCCGGGUCUUGAAGCACAGUGGCUAGAUGCGCGUCGCCACGUCAAUCGCAUGUGCAUCGCUGCGGGAAUCCCUUUAAUUGAGUCCGGAACAGCGGGCUAUCUUGGCCAAGUUCAGCCGCUGAUGAAGGAGAAAACCGAAUGCUUCGAUUGUAUCCCGAAACCAACACCGAAAAGUUUCCCUGUUUGUACCAUCCGUUCUACUCCAAGUACACCAAUACAUUGCAUCGUGUGGGCGAAAUCGUAUCUAUUCCCACAAUUAUUUGGAGAGAUUGAGGAAGAUACGUCUGAACUAGACGCCGCCCUUGCUGCAGGCGAAAAUGCAACCGAAAUUGCCCAGUUACGGGAAGAGGUAGCCUCAUUCCAAACUGUUAGGAGCACCAUUGUCUCAUCUGGUGCUGUAGACAAUGCGGCCAAACUGGCGUUUGACAAGGUUUUUCGUCAAGACAUUGAACGACUGUUGGCCAUGCAUGACAUGUGGAAGCAUCGCAGACCUCCAGUGGCCCUAGACCACGAUGCAAUCCUCACUGAUACUGCUGGUUCCUCUAUCGGUGUCACACAUCGUGAUGACUUGCAACUGAAUUCGGGGAUCACCACGCUCAAAGACCAGCGACAAUUGAGUCUAUUGGACAAUGUGAAAUUGUUUGAUCGCAGUCUUUGGAACCUCGCACAACGACUUCGUGCUGGCCAACAUAGAACUGCUCUGAGCUUUGACAAAGAUGAUGACGACUCACUUGACUUCGUCACUGCAACAGCCAACCUCAGAGCGUGGGCGUAUGGAAUACCCACCUUAACCCGAUGGCAAGUUAAGGAAAUGGCCGGAAAUAUCAUUCCAGCUAUUGCAACAACUAAUGCUAUCAUAGCUGGUUUAGUCGUUCUGCAAGCUUUCCAUCUUUUGCGUGCGUUCCCUGUAAAUCCGCCCGUGAUACAGGGACCGCCCCGAACGCCCCAAGGGUUAUCAGGACAUGCGUAUGGAAGCGAGCCAUUUGCUGCGCGCAAUGUCUUCAUUCAAAGCGGUCGACCCGCCUCUCCUCUUGGAGCGUUCGUAACGAUGUCUCCCAACCCACAGUGCGCCGUGUGUCGUGAUACGUACUUGGCCGUUCCCUGUGAUGUAGAUCGUGUUACACUAGGCGAAUUGGUGAACGCGCUCUUAGACGCAGAGGCAUCGUCUUGGGGAGAGGAACCACGGGAGGUUAGCGUGUUUGAAGAGGGUCGAGUCUUGAGUGAGCCUGACUGGACCGACAACCAUACUCGUAGUCUUGCAGACCUUAAUUGCGGGUACGGGAAAUUUGUCACGCUCGUCGACGAAGAAGAGAAGCUGGGGAACGUGGUUCUUGCUAUCUCAAGGUUCCCCCCAAACCAUUCAACAAAGGAGGUCAAUUUCAUUCUUCCACCCUGCACCUUACCUCCUCCAAGGCAGGGUUUGCCGCCUCCACUCCCGUCCCCUGUCUUUUCUCCCGUCAAACCCAUUUCGAGUCCAUCCAAGAGUACAACUAUAAAACGCUCGGCGUCUGACGUGAAUGGAGAUGGUGCCCAGGCCGUUCAUUCUGCGAAGAAAUUCAAGACACACCAUGCGAAUGAUUUUUCGGAUGGUGAGAUUGAGGUAUUGGAGCCAAUGAGUUCUGAUCGGCGGCAUCAUGCGACUGUGGAAGACCGAAUACUCGAAGACGAGGGAUUGUUGCUUGUUGAUGAGCCAAUGGAUUUCUGA